CGUAACAAUAAGCGAAUAAUUAAACAGACGAUGUCGUAUAGAUCGACUUGUUAGUUAGAGUGAGGACGCUAUCGAUUGUUUGAGAAGAAAUAGUAUUGUUACGUCACAUUGGGUUAACUUAUAUUGUAACAUUAGUUAUUUUGACGUAGCGUAUUAACACGUGAUCGGCGAUGCGUUUCGUGACGUCACAAUCGCAAAUUCUUUGCAGGUCGCGCGAAAGUUAGGGACGCUGCGUUUCGAUGAGGUUCGAGUUUUCGGUUCAGGAAGAGAACAAAUAGCAUUGUGACGUAGGAAUGGUUGUUGCAGCCAAAUAAAGGCCAUUGUGACCUAAUUUGCGUAACCGUUGUAGUUGCUACGUCAUAAACGUCAGAGCGCGCGCGCAGAAGUUCUAGACCAAUUGUUAGAAAUUGUUGGACGAAUGUCGAUUGUGACGUAACGUUUCUUCUGUUUAAUAACAAUGUUGAACAAUCAGCAUUAAACAAAAUGUUUCGUCACAAUCGAAUAAAAUGUUUAUUGUGACGCAAUUUAGAUUAAGUAUGUGACGUAAUAAAAGUUUUAGCUCGGCAUCGACCGUGAGGUAUAUUACGUCAUAAUUAAAGCAUUGUCUUGAGAGAUAGUGACGUCACAGUGUGGUAUGUUGCCUGAUUGAAUCGAUCGCUUAUAUAAGAUUUCUAUGCUUCAUUUAUUAUUAAUACUCAUCUCUGAUAUCUAUGUUUCCCAUUGUUCACGUAAUAAAGGAGUUAGUGACGUCAUAAAGUUUUUAGUUAGAUUAGUUUGUUAUUUUUUUGUUACGUCACAAUUAGAAUGAACAAUGGGUUGCGCGAAAAGUAAAACACGUGACGAGGAUUGCAAACAAUUGGAAAGUUUAACAAAUUUUACACCGGAGGAACUAAAGAAAUGUUACGAUGAUUUUCAACAGGAAUCCACCAGCGGGAAAAUGGAUCGAACAAAGUUUGACGAAUUCUAUAAAAAGUUUUUUAACCGCGAUCCCCGAUUCGUCGAUCAUUUGUUCCGAACAUUCGACUUCAACAAUGACGGUUUCAUUAAUUUCCGCGAGUUCGUAUGCGGGCUCUCUAUCACCACACGUGGCACGCCUGAAGAGAAACUCACGUGGACCUUUAACGUUUAUGACGUCAAUAAUGAUGGGACAAUAACGCGUGACGAGAUGCUGCAAAUAAUGAGGGCGAUAUACGCGAUGAACGGAAUUAGCGAACCGGAACAACUUAAAUCCGGAAGUGACGCAUUCGAGGGUUUGGACUCCAACGGGGACGGUUUGAUUUCCGUCGCGGAAUUCGUGAAAGGAGUAAAGCGUGACGAGCGAUUGCUGGAGUUUCUACAAAGAACUAUUGAUGUGCAACAAAAGUGAUUGUGACGUAAUAAUACCCCAAGAAGCUGGUGACUGUGACGUAAUAAGUGCUGGGCGCGACGUUUGCUUGCAAUAAAUUCUAUUUGUGAUCAA